UUAUGUCAAGUCGACAAAUCGAAAUUGAAAACAAAAAAGAUUGAACCAAAAUCCUCCCUAAAUUUUUUUUCAAGCCCUCUAUCUAAAAUUAAGAAUAAGUUUCGCGGCCUUACAUCCAAUAACGUUGGUCUAUAAGUUGUUUAGUAAUAAACCGAUAAAUCUUCAAACACCACUAUGUUAGCCCUUAUGAAUAGAAUUCUGGAUUGGUUCAGGAGCCUCUUCUGGAAAGAGGAAAUGGAAUUAACGUUGGUUGGCCUCCAAUACUCUGGAAAAACCACUUUCGUUAACGUUAUAGCCUCAGGACAAUUCAGUGAGGAUAUGAUACCAACAGUGGGUUUCAAUAUGAGAAAAAUCACCAAAGGAAAUGUAACAAUAAAAGUCUGGGACAUUGGGGGACAGCCGAGGUUUAGAUCCAUGUGGGAAAGAUAUUGUCGGGGUGUUAAUGCUAUUGUUUAUAUGGUGGAUGCAGCUGACUCAGAGAAAAUAGAAGCUUCUAGGAAUGAACUUCAUAACCUUUUAGAUAAACCACAGCUCGCUGGUAUUCCAGUGUUGGUUUUAGGGAACAAGAGGGAUAAACCAGAAGCUUUAGAUGAAAAUGGCCUUAUUGAACGAAUGAAUCUCUCGGCAAUCCAGGAUCGUGAAAUCUGUUGCUACUCAAUUUCCUGCAAAGAGAAAGACAACAUUGACAUCACCCUGCAGUGGCUCAUAGCACAUUCAAAAUCUGGCAUGCGCUAAAUUUAAAUUAUUUUUUUAAGUGUAUUUUUUCGUUCCAUAUUGAGAUUUGUUAGAGUAGCCAUAUAACUUGCUACAAUUCAGUUAUUAAUUAUUAAUAAUAGAUUGGUAAAAUUAUAUUUGAUGCAUAGAAGCAAAAGAUUAUUUAUGUACAUAAAAGCUCACAUUUUACUGCAGGUGAAAUUUUUUAGGGUUUUCUUUUUUUUGGUCAGAUGUACAGGGUGUGCUAAAAUUGAGGCUCACACAGUGGGAGUUAGAGAUACAGGGUGUAAUUUUUAGAGAAUUUAGUGUAAUAUGAAUUCUAUGAAACAUUGUAUGAGCAUUACUAUCAGUUCUAAUGAAAUGUGAGUGUAGUGACAUGCAACAGAUGAUAGUAGAUAUACAAGGCACAGUAAAAAUAUUCAGUCUUUUGAAAAAUGCAUCUACACCCUGUCUGAUAGUCCAAGUUUAGCUUUGUUGCUGGUCAUUCUGCUGAGUUAAAUCUUGAAUCUGUUACACAGUCUUCUCUAAGAGAUGUUAAUAGAUUCUGGCUGUAGGUUGAAUUGUAUUUGAUUGAUAUAGAGUUCAGGUUGUUUGAAAUGAAGGUUAUCAAUCUAGAUAGAUCCCUGUGCUGGUGUUCCACAAGGGACUCAAGGGCCUUUGUUAUUUAUAUUAACAUCUUUCAUUGUUUUCACUACUAUUCUUUGCUUCUUUUUACUAAUGACAUGAAGAUGUACUUGAAAAUAAAAUAGCAUGAUAAUUGUGUUUGUAGAGUAACUUGAUGAUGGUGUAAUAAUAAUUCUAUGGACUUAAAUGUCACUCAAUAUGUUUCAAAAGGAGUCAGUAUAUUAUUGAUCAUUCUUACUAUACCAAUAACAAUAUUCUUAUAUUUGUUUCACACAUAAGGUAUUACACUUGUUAGCUGUUUAAGUUUUAUACUCUACAUACAUGAAAUCACUUCAAAGGCACUUCAAUUGUUAGGCUUUAUCUGAAGAUGUUGUAGAGAGAUUUUCAAAGCAUUCAGAACAUUUUGUUUAUGCGAUAUUAUGUUACUUUAAAUUUCUUUUAUUGGUUUGUAAUUUUUUUUCUAAUAAAAGUUUACCACCUAGUUGUUUUGGCAUAUCGCUUGCUGAGAACCAUAGUGGCAAAAGUGAAAAAAUGCACAUUUUGAGAUAAUGGACUGCAAAGUAUUGAUUAUUAUUUAAAAGAAAAUUUUAAGCUCAUAAAAUGGGAAUUUUUGAAAACUAAAAUUUGCUUUUACCUUGUUUUGUUGUGGUCUGAUUAUGGAUAUUAAAUUGAAAAAAUUUAGGUGUAUAGGUCAAAUUUUGAUUUUGUUUUUUUGCCACUAUGGAAAAAAAAAUAUUUUUUUAUUUUAAAUUUAAGUUUAAUAAUGACUUAUGAAAAGAAAAAAAGAAACUAUUAUAAUUGUUAAAUGAGAAAAAAACCUUUAUACAACAAUGAUAGUUUAUAAAUAAAAUACAAUAACAAAAUGAAAAAACUUUAUUGUCAGAAAACAUCACUUUUUCUGUCACUUUCAAAAUUUUUUUCUUAUUAAUAGUAGGUACAACAGUAGUAGCUUAAGUGGUAAACAAAAGCAAGUAAACACAUUUAAAUUUUAAAAAACCUAAAAUAAACGCUUAUUGACUAACAACUUAACAACUAAAUUUAAUAAGCAGUCUUAUAGUGCAGAGAUCAAUAACACAUUUUGUUUUGUUUAACAAAAAAAGUAGACUUCUGUUUCAGUACAGAUUUUAAUAUUCGUGGUGAAGGUUUUCGAAAAAGGGUGCAUGCGCUCGAGGAAUGGAUUUAUUUUUAAUAAGAGACUGGAGAUCGUCAAAUUUCUUUUUUCCAAUAGAAAUACUUUGGGUAUAUGCAGGCAAUAAACCAAAUCCCUUUGUCUUUUUGAAUCGAUUUUCUAGUUUUUGUAGCAUUGUUAAUAAUCACAUAGCGAAAGUUGAUGUCGCUAUAAGAUGUUUUAAAAAAGAAACGAUCUACGUGGUCCUUUUCAAAGGGGAUAAUAGAAAUAGCAUUAAAGUUAAACUUUUCACCAUUUGAGUCUCGGUUAAAUUCUUUAUUUGCAAUGCCCUCCUGUAACUUUUUAAGAUCAUAAAAAUCCCCAUGUCCCAGUUCAUUAACAACAAAUCUUGCACCCUUUUUCUUUGCGUUGUUAAUAAUUGGUUGCAUAUUGCGCGGGUACGUAAAUAGGACCAUUUUUAAGAGCUUUCUUGAUUGCUUUUUCUAUCACGGAAUGACUUGCAUCCCCUUCAUUUUGACCAUGCCCGACAACAAGAAAUUUGUGAGUAAAGCCGAUAUGAUAAAUUUAUUUUUUCCUUGGCCCCCACAAUUAUCAGAAUAUAAUACUAUAUCCAGUUUUUCAAAAUCACUAGCAGCCUCAGAGGUUUUUUUUAAGUAAUCUAAAAGGCACGAGCCAAUUUCGUUGGAACCACGUUUUCCUUCCCCUUCGUGCCAGAACUAGCAUUGAACUGGUCCCAAUCCUUUUUGUUCCAGUUGGCAAAUGGUAAAUUUAUAUGAAUUUAAACGUGAUUUGUAGUAGAAAGAAUUUGGAGUGGGUAAAGCGGCCUGCAAGUCGAAGCAAGCGACUUUAUAAUUAUCGUUCAUCGGUGUCUUAUCUAUUUUUUUUCCUCUCUGGAAAGUUCUUUUUCUUUUAUAUGCGCAUUGAAACUGACAUUUAAAGCUAUUUUCUCUUCAGGAUUUGAGUUUUUAAAUGUUUCACAAGUUUGGCACUGGUCCUUUUUCGGUGAGUGAAAAGACAUGUUAAAUUCGAAGAGAAAAAUAUGGCGGUACAUGGAAUAUUUUCCGUAAGAAGUGUUAUUUGCUUUACACAUCUCAACAUAAUCCCUAUAAGAUUUUUUACCCCAUCGAUGAAUUUUCUCUGUGGAUUUGCCCUAACGUAAUGACUUUUGACUGCUGGAAUGGAAGCCAGAUGCUCUCUUAUGGUAUUCUUUAGUUUCUGUGAAAGCAUAUUACUUGGUUUUAGGCCACGUUUUUCCCCCUCUAGAAAUCCAUUGUUAUUUUUAGCCUUUACAGUUCUUACAAACCUUUCAGAAAUACCUAAUGUGUUUCUAAAAAAUUUGAAGCACACAAGUAUCUGUUCAUCAUUUUUUUUUUUUUAAAUAUGAGUAUUUAAGGGUGCAGGUUUGAGUCGAUUUAAUACGAAGCGGCGAGAUAAUGGCUGUAUACUCUGCAUGUGUCCUAAGACGUAGUUCCUCUGCUUGUGCAAAUUUCCCGAUGUCCAAAAUUUUUCAAACAAAAGUUUCCUUUCCUCUUCGGAAAAUUUAGUAGCACAUUUAAAUCGACAUUUUUCAACGUCGCAUGCAUUACGAAUUGUUUUAGCUGGUUGCAACUUUCCACUAUUUGCAGAGCAGUACUCUUGACCUGAAUUGCGAAGAGUUUUGGCCACAGACUUUUUCCAUUUAUUCUGAUUUCUUUGAAUUUAAAGCUGCGUUAUCAUCAGGUUCGGUUAAAUCAUUACUUGAAGAACUCUCAUCCGCAUAGCCAUCUGUAUUUAUAUUAAAAGUGGGGUCAGCAUCAUCAUCGUCCAAUGAAUCCUCUGAGCUGGAUCCGUCCGAAGAAGAAGUAUUACAGCUCGAGCUGGAAGAGGAUGAGGAACUUGAUGAUUCCUGGGAAUCCGACUGUUGAUUAUCUUCCAACGUUUUGAUUCCUGAAGAAAUAAAAAGUUAAAAUGCUUAAAACAAUAAUAAUUGCUAUUCCUAAAAUGCAUGCAUGCACUUCCUAAAAUGUAUUAUGAAAAAACCUACCGUCUACAAUGGGACUUGACUGGGCCAUAAAUGUUUCUUCAUUACAUUUCUCUGGUAGAGGAAUCUGUAAUUCAGGUUCAAAAAGAGGAACUUGCGAUUGCAAUUUUGAUUUCACUAUAAAAGUACUCUUUGAUGUUUUCCUUGUAAUAAGAUGCGGACUACCUAAAAUAAUAUUGACAUUAAAUAAUACGAGUACUUCUAACGUCCAACUUGGGAGGAAUAGUAUGUUGAGCAACGUGUGUAGAAGAUUGAGCAAUUGUCGAAAUUGCUUCAAAAUCUUCAAUGGAAUAUUCAAAAGUAUCCAUUUCAGAGUUUUCACUGCUGUUAAUAAUAUCUGAAAAGUAAAGAACUAAAACGUAUAAACGAUUCCAAAGAUUGGUAACAAUAUGCCUAAUAAGUAACAGAGAUAAAGAUUUAGGUACUAAAUUAUAUUUGGUUGCAUACACCGACUCACCAUCACAAUUUUGACUGACUUGAUUUGAUUGUACUUGUGUCUUAUCACUACUAAUUCCUGGAUUUUCGAUUUGUUCAGACACCGGUGGCCUGUAAUCAAAAAAUAUUUAUCUAAGUUAUUAAGGUUUUUUCUGUACAUAAACAGGCCUUAAUUGUGUAUAUAACUAUAUUAUUAUAAAAUACUAAAAACGUAGAGUGUAAAAUGUGAUAAAAAAAACCUACCCAAUACCUAAGGCAUCAAACAUUUUUCUUGACCGCUGAUUCAUCUUCCUGCAACGAUUUAUAGCUAAAAACAAAAACAUUCUUAUAAUAUUUAUAAGAUCCCAUGUAUGUAUGUUAAGCUUUUAUCUAGAUAAUUUAAUUUCUUUAAAUAUUAAAACAAGUGCCUAUUUUUUUUGCAAAUUUUCCACUUUACUUCUUUAACCUUGAUAUUGUACAAAAACGUAGUAGACCAUCUAAAACCUCUUUUCUGUUUAGGAAAGGCUAAAAAUAAAUCGCAAGCCUCAAAAUGUUAUAAUGCUGAGUUUAAUGUUUGAAACAAAACAAAAACGUAAGUUAAAGAUGGUGCUUUAUUCACUUUUGUUUUUGUGGAAUAUUUAUAAUAAAGGUAUAAAAUUUCAAAGCAAUAAUGGCGAAUAUUUUUUUUUUAUCAUAAUGGUACCAAUAAGUAACAAAAAAAUUAGAGUAAUAACGACGAAAAAUCACACUCGCCGAAAAUCAAUCAAGUUUUUUUGGGUAAUUUUAAGCAUUACCGUCGAAAAAUCAGUUUCGCCACUUUCGUACAUAAAGUUUCAAUAUAAAAUAAAAAUUUAGUCAAUGUAACUUACCUUUCAUCACUAGUUUUUAAUAUUAAUCCCUUUAAUUUUGUGCAACAAAAACGAAUCUGCCUUUUCGCCACUUAAGAAUGAAAAAUGGUAACCGUUCACCUUGACUUUUGACACAACUCUGAAUUCGCCGCUAUAGCACGUAAUUGGCUGAUCACUUUCUGCGCUGCCAUAAAAUGACGGGUGGCGCCUCUUGGAUUCGCCGAUAUUGAAUUUAAAAGAACGUUUGAUUUAGAAUAUUUUAGAUUAUUUUCCCGAUUUUUCUAUUUUUGUUGUUUCGCCACUAUGGUUCUCAGCAAGCGAUAUGAAGUUUACUUCAUCUUAUGGCAUGCAAUUGCGAUUUGAAAUCAAUUUAUUCUUUGUAAUAUCAGGCUAUUUUUACGAGUCAUACUUUAAUUAUUCAAAAUCAGUAAUUUCUUCUAAACUUUGUUUACUGGAGGAAAUAUUUAUAUGGCUACAUUAUCAAUUAAAUCGAUUUCUUUGUAUAUAUUUUGUUUAACACCCUAUACCACAUUUUAAGUGCAGAUGGAAGAAACAUGUAAUUUAUGAGCUUUAGUAAAACCCUAAGUGAGCCUCAAAAUUAGGAUACCCUCCCCACAUUGCAAUUAUUUAACCGAUAUGGCGACUGUAACACCAAAACUGUGUAGAUCUUAAUCAAGUUAUAAUAGAUUGAUGUUGAUUGAAAAAACAAAAAGAGAAUUUGCAACACUGCAAGUGAUAAUAAUUCCAGUUUUUUAUACAGAAGGUUUAUCUAUGUGUGCUUCUUUUUAAUAUUUUGUAUAACUAUUGUAAACCCCACAACAUAUUAAAUAAUUGGUUCAGAAACGCUUUUAGGAAGUUUUUAUCACAAAACAAAAUCCUUGUUUAAUUAUUUCUUUGCUGUGUUAUCUUUAUGUGAUAAAACGGACGUUUUAAUGCGACUGAUUGAGGUAAUAAGCUGUCGCCCUUAGGCUCAUUUUUGUUUGAAGAUUUUCACUUUACAAUUAGCUAGUAGUACGUAAUUACCCCUAAUUAGUUCUACGGUAGGCAUCCUAGUCAAUAAAUGAUUCUAUAAUAUAGGGCAAGAUUAAUGUAAUUUAUUUUCCUAUAGUUUUUAUCUUAUUUUUGACUAAAUUACAUGACAAAAAAAGAUUCAGAAGUAAGAUAUGAACUAAUUAGAAUAAUUCUCUCCAUAAGAUCUUGAAUGAAUAUAGUUUAGACACCUCAUAUAUUUAUUAGUUUUAAGUUAUCAUAAAGUCUAUGUUUGUACACACCAUAGUUAAUUAUUAUUUUAUUUUCCAAUUUUAUUUGUGUUGGUACUGUAAUGCUUUUAAAUCAAAACAAAUAAAAUUAUUGUAACAAG